GGAAGUUGCACAGAAAUUUCACAAGGUUCAAGUUUGCGCUCAGCAGACCUGACAUUUAAAUAUUAGAGGGAACAUUUGAUUAUGACUCAUACCGUGGUACUCUAUUGUUAGGGCGGAGAGACGUGUAUCUUGUCAGUAUAUCCAUCAUCUUUGCUGUUGCCUUGUAGCUUUAGCUACCUGAGUAGCAAAGGUUAGCAUGCUCGCUAACUAACUUCGUUGCUCAAAUGUGAGCCUGUAUUAUAAAUGGAGAUGGAUGAUGAACUUGAGAAAUUCAUCCAGCAACAGAAGGCCAGAGUGGCAGAGGAUAAAGCCAGCUUGGAACGGGAUCCACCUUACCUUGAAAUAAGGACAGAAGACCACAAGGCCCAUGACCCCACACUCACAAAUAUCCCGACAUUUAAGUCGUCCACAGCACAAGGGAAGGAGGAGAAUUGUUGUGUAAGUUUACCUUUGGGUGAAGACUAUGAGAGGAAGAAACAGAAGUUACAGCAAGAGCUCCGUCUGGACUACAGAUGCUACAUGGCUCAGAAAAAACAUCUCAAUGCUGCUGAACCAGACCCAUCCCUUCCCCUUGGUGAGAGGAGAGCUGCUAAGGAGCAGCUUGCUUCUCUCAGAGCUCCUCCAGACCUCCCUGUUGUCCACUGCAGCCCCAGACCUCCGGUGCACCCCAAGCGGGCCCCCUCCAGGAGAGACGCAGACACGCUGACAGAGGGAAGGAGGGGGCUGCAUAAGGGAGGACGCUGCCUAGUGGAGGGCAGGAAGAUGGAGGGCAUGUGGCCUGAGGAUGAGCUGCUGCUUCCCAGAGAGAGGGCCAGGCUGGUGAGAGUGAACUUUGACUCUGAGGAGGACCUCACAGAGGAAGAGCUGGACCUGAUGGUGAGAAGGAGACCAAAACAGAUGGGGCUAGAGAGAGUAGAAGAGCGGACGUGGCAAAGAAGACACUACAAAACAGACUUAAGGGACAUAUCAAGGCUCCGGAACAGGGGUGCUGAACUGCCUGAUGAUUACACAGAGAGUAGUCAAUAUGCAGACAGGAAGGAGACUAACGGGUCUGUUGCUCCUGAUGAGGAUUAUUCUGAGGCACGCCGGGGGACAUCAUCUGUAACCCCCAAACCCAAGGACAUUGGAUGGAAAAGUACAGAUGAAAGGCUGCAGGUACCAGCAGGGAUGAGACCAAGUGGAAGAUCCAGAUCCUCUACCAAGAAGGAAGAGCUUGAAUUCGCUACCGGGCUGAUGAUUGGGGCUGCAGAUGCAGAUGCUGCCUUGCAGGGAAGGAAGGAGAGGUACAGGCAGGAGCUGCAGGAGCAGAUAGCUGAACAGCAGAGGAAUAAGAAGAGGGAGAAGGAUUUGGAGCUCAGAGUUGCUGUGACAGGGGCGACUGACCCGGAGAAACAGGCAGAUCGGAUCAAACCGUUUGGAGCAGUGAAUGUUGGCGACCAUGCCAGAAAGAGAAAAGACAGCUGGUACCCACCAGGCCAAGCUGUGGACCUACCAGGGGAUGAGUUGAAUGGGAGACCCAGUGAGGAAAACAGAGAGAGGCUUCCCCCUGAGCAGCCCCGCGUGGCCUUCCAGUCCCCCCUGCUGGACUACAGCCACACCCUGGGGCUCAGCAGUGGAGGCAUCUCCUCUUACAGCCAGACCAUUCACAGGAGCAUGGAUACCCCCAGGAUUCCAGGUUUCCGUCCUCAUCCACCAUCCACAUUGGCAGAUGCCUAUAGAAGUCCCUAUGACGAGGCCCAUCUCUACUAUGGUGCAAGGAACCCACUGGACCCUAACCUGGCCUACUAUGGUCAGAUCCCGCUGACAGGAGGGGUGCAGCCCAUGUCCUACCUAAGCCUGCCUCCUGCAGGGCCUCAUCCCAGCCAGAUGGGUCAACACAGCCCUCACAGCCAGCACAGUGGGAGCAGCCAUCCAGAGACCCCUCCACACAGACCUGCCAGUGAUGCUGCUACCAUGGGUUCAGGGAUUGGAUUAUUCCCUGCAGAGCAGGUCAAGCCAUCUAAAGAGAGUGCGAUAAGUUACAAGGAGGCACUAAGACAACAGGGAGACACCAGGAAAGAGAGGAGUCAGAUUUUUUGCCAGAUCCAGGAGAGACGGGAGCGGCGGAGGCUGGACAGGGAGGAGGCAGAUCGCUAUGAGGCCAAGCUGGAGGCAGACAUGAAGAACCACAACCCCUGGGGGAGAGGAGGAGGAGGAGCCCCUCUCAGAGACAGCAGGGGCAACCUCAUCACCGAUCUGCACCAGAUGCACAAGCAUAAUGAAGAGGCCUACAUCAACCCCAAGUCAUGGCAGAAGAGCGCAACAGCCACCAUGGCAGUACUCCGAGAGGAGGACACUAGACCUCCCUCCACCCACAGAGUCUCAGGUUUUGUUCAGGCCCCUUCGUUUGCCAGAGGCAAUAUUUUUGGGAACCUGCCCACUCCACUGCAGGUCCAUGAACAGGAAAAGUACAAGGCUUACCUCAAACAACAGAUUGAGGAGAAGCGGAGGAAGGAUGCGGAAGAGCGAGAGCGCCAGAGGUUGGAGGAGGAGAAGGAGGAGAAGAGGCUGGCUGAGCAGAGGGAACGCAUCCAGAGAGAGUAUGAAGAAGAACAGGAUAGGAAGAAACGCAAGGAGAUGGACCAAAAAGCCAAGAAUGAGGCGCUGAUCCGUCUGGCUGAGGAGCGAAAGAAAGAGGUGGAGAGGAAGAAGAAGAAGAAAGAGGUAGAGGAGAUGGAGAACUCUGCCCUGAGGAAGCGGUAUGAGGAGGAGAGACGGGCACGCCUAGAGGUACCAAGGGAGCCGUCUCCCCCCAUUCCCACCCUCCAAAAGAGGCGUCAAGCUCCCCAGUACACCCCCAGACCUCCGUCCAUGGACAGCCCUCGCGCUGCUACCGUCCCCCUGUCUGAGCGUUCUCUGUCAGGCCUCCAGUCCCCCCCAGUCCCAGCUCGCAGGAACCAGCUGAGAGCUGCCGAGGACCAGCGGGGUGUGAUCAGCGAGCUGUCGGAGCUGCGCAGACAGCUGCGUAGCGAGCAGAAACGACUGGAGGGCCAGCUACUGCAGUCAGAGUGGGAGGAGCUGGACUCCUCUAUGAGUGACAGGCACAGAGACAGGGAGCGGCCCCAGGUGGAUGUGUUUGACAUGGCCAGACUGCGGCUGCAGGCCCCCGUCAGGAGACCCUCCUCCAGGAACACGGAGCCUAACAACCUGCAUAGAAUCCACGACUCGCUACAGCUCCGAUACAGAGACGUUGACUCCAGAGGGGAGGAAGGCCAUGGUUACUGUGAGCCCCCUAGCGACAGGGACAGGGAUGGACAGUGUGUGGACAUCCAGAGACAGGCAGACUACAGAGAGGAGCAACGCAGGAUCAACAACAGCCUGAGGAGGAAACCUGCCGACGAUUAUUUUGACCUGUCACCACCCCAGCAACAAAACCAUUAUUUGAGGAAUGCAGUAGGGGAUCCUAUGAGAGGUUCCCUGUUGGAGUCUGACAGUGCCUUCAUUGAUCCCAUGGGUGAAGCCUUCCCAGUGUCCCCCCCACCUGAGCAGAAGCCCCAGCUCUCAGCCAGGGAGAGGAGGAGGAGGGGGCUGGCCAAGAGGGCAGACCUGCACAAUGAGCGGGGGAGCUCCAGAGAGCCUGUUGGCCAGCCAGAGAACUACUCCCGCCAGUCAGAGGCCAGUCUCAACACAGAGCAGCAUGGCAGAGAGCGUAACCACCAUAGGACCAAGAGGCUGCUGGCUAUGAGCCGCCAUGGCCUCAGAAGAGCAGACCUGUCUGGUGAUGAAGACAUGUCUCUGCAGGUUUCCCCUCGCGCCCAAGACACUCGGGGCUCUGUGGAUACGGUUGCCAUGGAGCCGUGGAUGAGGCCAGACACCUCGGAGACGCUGAAGCGCUUAAUGACUGGUCAGACCCCCCGCAGGGAGAGGCUGACCAGCAGAGAGUCGGCCGUGCAGGACUGGAAAGGCCCCUCUACCUAUCAUGGCUAAUCUAAACCUCUCCCCUCUACCCCUUAACAGGGUCACUGAAAGCACUUUGGUCCCGUACACACUCAGGUUGUACAACUGAACGCUUUUAACAUAACAGCUGUGUUAGACCUGAGUUUUUCUGUGCAAAAAUAACCACAUAAUGGUGGUGUAAACAUUUCUGUGCAGGAAAAACUCUGUUGUAUAAAAUAUACACAACUCUAUACAGUAUAUAACUAUAUAUAAAUAUUCAUCUCUCUGUAAAAUAUGUAUUUUACUGUCAAAUGCAUUGUACAUCAGUUGUACAACCUGAGUGUGUAGGGGACCUACGUUUGGACACUGCCGUCACUUGGCUUGAUGCAUCCACAUCAGUGGUCAUGCUGGCAGAAUCUGUACAUGAAGAUACAGUAUCUCCUCAACACAGAAGGAUCAUCUGCUUUAGCUUCUAGAUCGAUGUCGACUAAUUUAACCCUUUACUUUUGCAGUGCUUGACUUGUGUAUCAUGGUCUACCUCUGAAAAUGCCUCUUGCAAUGCAGAAUUAUGAGCUUCUUAUGAAAAACGCAUAGAUUGUACUUUCAUGGACCUGUAAUGAAAAAUAUGCAGAUUCUUGUCUGAGAAUGGUUAGUCGGUACAGGGGAGAGCAACUCCAUUCCUAGAAGGACACUGUGUGCAGGCAUUUGCGCCAGUCAAGUACUAUUGAAGUUGAUUUGUUAAAUCAGGUGUGUAAGAAGUGUGCUGGAAUAAGCCUGCACACACUGCAGCCUCAGUUGCCAUCCUCUAAAAGGCUGCUAAUUGGACAGUGUGCUAGGGUUGCCUUAGGACUCUAUACAUUCUGUAUCGCUGAUUGUGCAAGACAUUUCCGAUUGAGUCACAUGCAGCCUCUGAACAUUGCGUUUAAAUUUCAGUCACGCUGAACUUCCACGAUACGGAUUGAAUAGAGCCCUUAGUCUUUGAAACAGUUCAGGACAUCUUUCUACAAUAUUUAUUCAUGUUUUAAUUCAUUGUAUAAUAAUGGCACUACAUUUAAUGUAAAUUGUUCAAAUGGCAUGUUUUAAAAUAUUUUUAUAAGUACUGUGUGAAAAUGUUUGGCCUAGAUGUGAGCUCUUUUUCAACUUGAUUGAAUAAAUUAUAUUUUAAAUAA